AUGUCCACCGAUCGUCGCAUCAAGGGAUUGAAGCUGCGACAAAGGAGCCUGCUGUCGUCAUUCAACGCGAUCAAGCAGUUUGUCGAUAACUACGACGACGACGACGACGACUGCUGUGCGAACGAAGUACUUGUGCGCUUGGAGAGCAUCAUCAAGCUCUGGGCGGACCUCAAUUCGGUUCAGGCGGAACUGGAGUCGCUCGACGAGGCGAAUUUGGACGAACAGCUGAAGCAGCGCACGGAGUAUGAGUCGGCAUAUUAUCGUUCCAAAGGAUUUCUGCUCGCCAAGAAUAAAAAUAAUUCACUUUGCGUAUCGAGUUCUCCCUCAACCAAUCGUAGCCCUCCGUCGUCAUCGCAGGUGCGUUUGCCCGACGUAAAACUUCCCGUCUUUAGUGGGAAUCUAGACGGCUGGUUGAACCUUCAUGAUUUGUUUGUUUCACUGGUCCACUCGUCGGUAGAACUUUCCAAUAUUCAAAAGUUCUAUUAUUUGCGUUCGUCACUGUCGGGCGAGGCUUUGAAGCUGAUACAAACCAUUCCACUCAGCGCAAACAAUUAUGUGGUUGCAUGGAAUCUACUUAUCGAGCAUUUUCAAAACCCUGCGCGACUGAAACAGUCAUACGUUGAUGCGUUAUUUGAGUCAUACGUUGAUGCGUUAUUUGAGUUCCCUUCGCUCAAAAGUGAGCCUGCUUCGGAAUUACAUUCGUUGGUGGAGAAAUUUGAGGCUAACGUAAAGGUGCUACAACAGUUAGGGGAGAAGGUCCAGUUCUAG